CCACCAGCACAUUGUUGUUGCCAUAAUUCAAUGAUAUAAGCCUAUAUAUCAAUGUGUGUAUCAAGAGGGUGUGGUGCAGUGGUUUGGACAUAAUACCCCUGCCUCCCACGCCGCGCCACCCUCGGUCCCUCCCGGUGGCGCUCCUCUCCGCUCCACCGUGCGUCACGUGACAGUAGCUCCAAACAGCGCGAGUAUCAUCAUCUGCACCGCAUCUCCGGGCAAGCAGCCUCGAGACCCACCGAUCGACCCUCAGUGGUCCCUCAUCACAGAGACGAUAAUAACGGAGAAGAGGUAGACUAGCGAGGCCAUGCCGGGGCCCCGGUAAACCGAGAAAGCAUAUUUGUCUCUUUGUUCCCCUCUACGCACCGCUAGCUGCCUCAACGCACCGCUAGGAGGAUCCGCGGAAUACCUCUCUUUCUCUGCUGGAGGAGAGGAGGAGACGGCAACUGAGGAAGGACGGAGAGAUUUUUCUACCGUAUAACCUAAUGGCAGAGCGUGAGGCGUCGCCGUUACCACUGGACGUUCGCGCUCGGCUGGCGGAGUUGGAGCUCGAGCUGUCAGAGGGUGACAUCACACAGAAGGGUUAUGAGAAGAAGCGGUCUAAGCUGAUCAGGCCGUACGUUCCUCAUCCUGGAGGUAUGGAGGGUAUGUCCCACCGCCCCUUCUUUGCCCCUCCGUCUGCCGCUCGCUUCCACAGACGGCGUUCUUCUGGAACACGCGAUGAACGCUAUCGUUCAGAUGUCCACAGUGAGGCAGUGCAGGCAGUGUUAGCCAGACAUGUGGAGAGCAAGGUGGCAGUGCCCAUGCCCUCCAAACGACGAUCACUGGUGGUACAGACAUCCAUGGACGCCUACACACCCCCAGGACUGUCCCCACUGUGCUCAGACUCGUCGUCGGGCUCGGAGGAAGAGCCGGGGCCAGGCGAUGACAUGCCAGGGAUGGAACACUGGAUGACUCGCCCCGCCCACUUAGGUCCAGCCCACCUAGGCUCCACCUCCUCGUCCUCCUCGUCCACUCAGAGCGGUGGCAGCGGCAACGCAGGACGACUGGCCGACUCGCUCGCGCACACACACCUCUCACACCCUCACCUCACACACACACACACACACCUCUCACACCCACACCUGGCACACCCUCACCUCACACACACACACACACACCUGACCCAGUCACACCACGUGUCAGCUCACCACUCACAAACACACCACGCUAUCGGACACCUGUCUCUGAAGCGUAAGCCAGCUCUGGGCGUGGCGGAGAACGGAGGCUCUCUCAGAAGAUCCUGUGAGUUCGGUUCUGAUAUGCUGUGGCCUCCACCACUGGAGUCUGAUGAGCGCCACAUAGGAACCAUCGCCCGAAACACACAGAAAUACGGCAACGCUGAACGCAUGGAGACUGGAGACGGUGUCCCGGUCAGCAGUCGUGUGUCUGCUAAGAUCCAGCAGCUAGUGAACACUCUGAAAAUGCCUCGUAGACCUCCACUCAGAGAGUUCUUCGUUGAUGACUUUGAAGAACUUCUAGAAGUCCAGCAGCCAGACCCCAAGCAGCGCCGUCCGGAGGGGGCAGAGAUGUUGGCAGUGAGAGGAGAGGCUCUGGGGGUGGUGACUAACUGGCCCCCUUCCCUGGAGGCAGCUCUCCAACGCUGGGGCACCAUCAGCCCUAAAGCUCCCUGUCUCACCAGCCUGGACACCACUGGCAAACCUCUAUAUGUACUCACAUACGGGAAGUUAUGGUCUCGAAGUGUCAAGCUGGCCUUUAACAUCCUACACAAGCUGGGCAGCAAGCAGGAGCCCAUGGUGCGACCGGGGGACAGGGUGGCGCUAGUGUUUCCUAACAAUGACCCGGUGGCCUUCAUGGUGGCCUUCUAUGGCUGCCUGCUGGCUGAGGUGGUCCCUGUACCCAUAGAGGUGCCCCUCACACGCAAGGAUGCUGGCAGCCAGCAGAUCGGCUUCCUAUUGGGUAGCUGUGGGGUUACAGUGGCGCUGACCAGUGAUGCCUGCCAUAAAGGCCUGCCCAAGAGUGCUACAGGAGAGAUACCACAGUUCAGGGGAUGGCCUAAGCUGCUGUGGUUUGUGACUGAGUCGAAGCAUCUCUCCAAGCCUCCCAGAGACUGGUUCCCUCACAUCAAAGAUGCAAACAGCGACACAGCAUAUAUAGAGUACAAGACCUGUAAGGAUGGAAGUGUUCUGGGAGUCACGGUGAUGAGGAUCGCUCUGCUGACUCACUGCCAAGCCCUCACACAGUCCUGUGGCUACACAGAAGCGGAGACCAUAGUGAAUGUUCUAGACUUUAAGAAGGACGUGGGACUGUGGCACGGCAUCCUCACGAGCGUGAUGAAUAUGAUGCAUGUGAUCAGCGUUCCCUACUCUCUGAUGAAGGUCAACCCGUUGUCCUGGAUACAAAAGGUCUAUCACUUUAAAGCCAAGGUAGCGUGUGUAAAGUCCAGGGACAUGCACUGGGCUCUGGUGGCCCACAGAGAGCAGAAGGACAUCAGCCUGAGUUCCCUCCGGAUGCUGCUGGUCGCCGACGGAUCUAACCCUUGGUCUAUCUCGUCCUGUGACGCGUUCCUCAACGUGUUCCAGAGUAAAGGCUUAAGUUCAGAGGUCAUCUGUCCCUGUGCCAGCUCCCCCGAGGCACUGACUGUUGCCAUCAGAAGGCCAGUGGAGGACAGUAGCCAGCCACCAGGCCGAGGGGUUCUCUCCAUGCAGGGUCUGAGUUACAGUGUGGUCCGCGUCGACACGGAGGAACGCCUGUCAGUCCUCACUGUGCAGGAUGUGGGCACUGUCAUGCCUGGAGCCCUGGUGUGUGUGGUGAAGCCAGACGGUGUGCCUCUCCUGUGUAAGACAGAUGAGAUCGGGGAGCUGUGUGUGUGUUCCGUUGCCACAGGAACAUCGUACUACGGACUGACAGGCAUGACCAAGAACACCUUUGAGGUGUUUCCAGUAGCAUCCGGUGGAGGUCUGGUCAGUGAGUAUGCGUUUGUCCGUACGGGGCUGCUGGGCUUCGUGGGUCCCGGUGGUCUGGUGUUUAUCUCCGGCAAGAUGGACGGCCUCAUUGUGGUCAGCGGACGCAGACAUAAUGCUGAUGACAUCAUAGCCACCGCACUGGCCGUGGAGCCAAUGAAAUUCAUCUACAGAGGGAGGAUAGCAGUGUUCAGUGUGACCGUGCUGCAUGAUGAGCGUAUCGUGGUUGUAGCAGAGCAGAGACCAGACUCUACUGAGGAGGACAGCUUCCAGUGGAUGAGCCGCGUUCUUCAGGCGAUAGACAGUAUCCAUGGUGUGGGUGUGUUCUGCCUGGGGUUAGUUCCAGCCAACACCCUCCCUAAAACCCCCCUUGGGGGUCUACACUUGUCUGAGACCAAACAGCUGUACCUGGAGGGGGGGCUGCACCCCUGUAACGUCCUCAUGUGUCCUCACACCUGUGUUACCAACCUGCCCAAACCACGACAGAAACAACCAGAGAUUGGCCCUGCCUCUGUGAUGGUGGGGAACCUGGUGUCUGGGAAGAGGAUCGCUAUGGCCAGUGGCAGAGACCUGGGACAAACUGAUGACAAUGACCAGUUCCUGUUCCUGUCAGAGGUUCUGCAGUGGAGAUCUCAGACUACGCCUGAACACAUCCUCUACACACUGCUUAGCUCCCGGGGAGCGGUGUCUAGUUCUCUUACGUGUCUUCAGCUCCAUAAGAGGGCAGAGAGAGUUGCUGUUCUGCUGCUGGAGAGAGGAGGACUACAGGAGGGAGACCACAUAGCACUGGUCUACCCACCAGGUAUAGACCUAAUUGCAGCAUUCUACGGUUGUCUGUAUGCUGGCUGUGUUCCUAUCACGGUCCGACCGCCCCACCCACAGAACAUCUCAACCACACUGCCCACGGUCAAGAUGAUCGUAGAGGUCAGUCGUUCGGCCUGUGUGAUGACCACAGCGGUCAUCUGUAAGCUGCUGCGGUCCAAGGAGGCGGUCGCUACAGUUGACAUCAGGAACUGGCCUCCCGUUCUGGACACAGAUGACCUGCCAAAGAAGAAGUCUCCAGCGCUGUAUAAGCCCUGUAACCCUGAUGCCCUGGCCUACCUGGACUUCAGUGUGUCCACUACUGGCAUGCUGGCUGGAGUACAGAUAUCCCAUAAUGCAGUGGGAGCGUUCUGUCGGUCAGUGAAGUUGCAGUGUGAACUGUAUCCCUCCAGAGAGGUAGCAAUCUGUCUCGACCCCUACUGUGGCCUGGGCUUCGUCCUCUGGUGUCUCUGCAGUGUGUACAGUGGCCAUCAGUCGAUCCUUAUCCCUCCAGUAGAGUUGGAGUCUAACCCAGCCCUGUGGCUGCUCGCUGUCAGCCAGCUCCGAGUCAGAGACACCUUCUGUUCCUACAGCGUCAUGGAGCUUUGCACUAAAGGACUGGGCCUGCAGACAGAGGCACUGAAGGCACGAGGCCUGGACCUGUCCCGUGUGAGGGCGUGUGUUGUGGUAGCAGAGGAGAGACCCAGGAUGUCUUUAACACACUCCUUCUCCAAGCUGUUUAAAGACCUGGGCCUGCACCCCCGAUCUGUCAGCACAGCAUUUGGCUGUAGGGUCAACCUAGCUAUCUGUCUGCAGGGCACCUCCGGACCAGACCCUACUACAGUUUACGUGGACAUGAGAGCUCUGCGACAUGAUAGGGUUCGGUUGGUGGAGAGAGGUUCUCCUCACAGUCUCCCUCUCAUGGAGUCAGGAAAGAUCCUACCUGGUGUCCGCAUCAUCAUCGCCAACCCAGAGACCAAGGGACCCCUGGGAGACUCCCACCUAGGAGAGAUCUGGGUGCACAGUGACCAUAAUGGCAGUGGAUAUUACAGUGGUUAUGGAGAGGAGGUCCUUCAGUCUGAUCACUUCACCUCCAGACUCAGCUUCGGAGACACGUCUACCGUCUGGGCUCGCACCGGAUACCUGGGCUUCUUACGACGUACUGAACUCACUGAUGCCAGCGGAGAGAGACACGAUGCGCUGUAUGUGGUGGGCGCGUUGGAGGAGGCCAUGGAGCUGAGGGGGAUGAGGUAUCAUCCUAUAGACAUCGAGACCUCCGUUAUCAGGACGCACCAGAGCAUCAUGGAAUGUGCUGUGUUUCCCUGGACUAACCUGCUGGUAGUUGUGGUGGAACUAGAAGGCUCGGAGCAGGAAGCCCUGGACCUGGUUCCCAUGGUGACCAAGGCGGUGCUGGAAGAGCAUUACCUCAUCGUUGGUGUCGUCGUGGUAACGGACAUCGGGGUGAUCCCCAUCAACUCUCGCGGGGAGAAGCAGCGCAUGCAUCUUCGAGAUGGCUUCCUACAGGACCAGCUAGACCCCAUCUACGUGGCUUAUAACAUGUAACCCAGCCGCCCAUCCGGGGGGUUGUGGGGGUGUGGGUGGAUGUAAGAGAGGGGGAUGUGUGUGUUAGCAUGUGUGUGUGUGUGUGUGUGUGUGUGUGUGUAUGUCGCUAGUGUUGUUCAUUGCAAAUCAAGACGUACUGUAUUUUUGAAUCUGCACAUGGUCAUAUGGUGUGGUGGCAGUUGUCUGUUCCUUUAGUUGUGCUGUGGUGGAGGUAUGGCUGUUUCCACACCCCCAGUUAAACCUGACACCUAGACAGGAAGUCGCUGUUCAAAGCCUUAGAGGAACAGAGGUACUUAGACUACACUACUGGUUGUUACCCGUUAGGAGAGAGAGAAAAUAUCUCUGAACAUAUCUGUUUUCUUAAUGAAAUAGACAUUAAAAAUUAAGUUAUUCAAGUAUAUUGUCAGAAAAUGACAGGGGGUUCAGAUUAGUGUAUAAAUAUAAAUAUUGUACAUAAACAAAAUGAUCUAUACGGCGAGAACUGAAACACACUGAGGACCUGUUAUACAGCUUUCUCCACCUGCGGUGUGUGCGUGUGCGUGUGCGUGUGUGUGUGUGUGUGUGUGUGUGUGUGCGUGCGUGAG